CCACCCUUCCUCCCACCGCCCCCACCCUCCCGCCUACCACGCCCCUGCCCAAGCACCCAAUAACCACACUCUUCUACCAUUCCCAACACCGGACUAUGACCAUUACUUUUGACUCACUGAUGCCACACCAACAUACGCUGCAAACGUCACAACAGAACACGAUCCAUGCACUGCAACAUCAACACAAACACAACCAGAAUUCCUACUUGCCGUAA